CUCGCUUAUAAACCUGAAGUACACAACUCAGCCACAACGAUUGUAUUGUAUUUAUAAACGGACUUGCAUUAGAAAGUGCAGACACAGGCAAGCGAAGUUCGGCAGUUGUAUUCAUAAUAAUGUAUGUGAAUGCGGUAGCUGUUUCAUUUCUCCUCGCAGUCUGCGCCUAUUUUCUCUCCUUGUGGCUGGGUACUCCGGCACUGUGUGCUGGUUGUACUCGCUCUCUCUUCCUUUCUCUCUCUCCCUCUCUCUUCCCCCUCCCUUUCUCGCUCUCUCGCUCUCUCCCUUACACUGCCAGCCCCUGAUGUGAUGGCGAAGAAACCCCGUUGACAAGGCACUGCUUUUUCAUGACGUUGUCAUGGAUGAUGAUGACGACGAAUCCUGUCUUUUCGAUCUUAUUGGAGAUGCCCAGGCACUGAAUUAUUUUCUACAUGGAGCAGUCAGUAAAUCUAACAGUGAAGACUUGACGAAUGCAGGAUAUUCUGCAGCCAACUCAAAUUCCAUUUUCGCCAAUACCAGUAGCUCUGAUCCUAAGUCAUCAAUCAAAAGUGUGGGUGGUCAGCUUGGCGAGGGGCCUAGUGAUGGACUGCAAUUGCCAAGUAGCCUUCAGUUUCUUGAUGAUGAACUGGAAUCUUCCCCAUUACCUGAUCUCAGUGAAGAUCAGCCAUUUGAUAUUCUGCAGAAAUCUCUGCAGGAGGCUAAUAUUACUGAACAGACUUUGGCAGAAGAGGCAUAUCUGGAUGCCAACAUAGGUUCCAACCAACAGUUUGCACAAGCUCAGCUUCAUCCUUCCUCAUCAGCAUCUUUUACUCAGGCUUCUAAUGUUUCUAAUUACUCAGGUCAGACACUGCAACCUAUAGGAGUGACUCAAGUGGUACAGCAACCAGUUGGAGCAUCUUUUGCAAGCAAUACAGUUGGUGUGCAGCAUGGCUUUAUGCAACAUGUGGGGAUCAGUGUUCCCAGCCAGCAUUUGUCAAACAGUAGUCAGAUUGGUGGUUCUGGACAGAUACAGUUAAUUGGUUCAAUUAGUAACCAUCCUUCCAUGAUGACACUCAAUAAUCUUGAAGGAUCUCACAUCAUUUUGAAGGGUAGCGGACAGCAAACACCUGCAAACAUGAGUGGUGGACUCUUGGUUCAUAGACAAACUCCUAAUGGUAACUCACUGUUUGGCAACUCAAAUUCAAGCCCAGUAGCACAACCUGUAACUGUUCCAUUUAAUAGUACAAAUUUCCAAACGUCUUUGCCUGUGCAUAACAUUAUUAUACAGAGGGGUCUUGCUCCAAACUCUAACAAAGUACCCAUCAACAUCCAACCAAAGCCUAUUCAGAUGGGACAGCAAACCACUUACAAUGUGAACAGCUUGGGAAUACAGCAACAUCACGUACAACAAGGGAUUCCUUUUGCUUCAUCAAACCCACCUCAAAAUUCAGUGGUUGGUCCACAUAUGUCUGUUAAUAUUGUUAAUCAACAAAAUACAAGAAAAUCAGUUACUCCUCAAGCAGUAAAUAAUGCUGGUGGUAGUAUUGUUAUCCAUUCUCCUAUGGGACAGUCUCAUGCGUCACCAAACCAGUUUCUUAUACCUACAAGUCUGUCGGUAAAUCCUAAUUCAGUUCACCAUGUCCAGACCAUAAAUGGACAGCUCCUCCAGAAUCAGCCUUCACAACUUGUUUCUAGCCAAGUGUCUACUGAGCAUGUAAUGCUAAACAGGAACUCUACAAACAUGCUUAGAGCUAAUCAGUCAUAUUCAGGACAGAUGCUGAAUAAUCAGAAUGCUGCUGUACAGUUAGUUUCUGGUCAAACAUUUGCAACUCCUGGAAGCCAAGUUAUUGUAAAUCAUGGAACUUCACAAAUUGUUGGUGGCCAGGUUCCACUACAACAGGCAUCUCCUGCUGUGUUGCAUUUAUCUCCUAGUCAAGGAAAUAUUUCCCAAGGUAGAUCAGGCUUUUCUGCCAUGUCUCCUGGACAGUCAACGGGCUCAAGUAUGUCAUCAAGCAAUCGGUAUACUGUUGUGAGUUCUCCGGCCACAGCACACCCCAGCAUUGGCCCAUCAGCCCAGUCUGUUGCUUCGGGAGGAAAUUUUGUGGGAGAUCAACUUACACAACAAAACAGAACAGCAGUUAGUGUUUCGCAUCGUCUUCCAGUUUCCUCUUCCAAGUCUGUCAGCACAUUUAGUCAUACAUCAGUAAACCAACCUCAGUUUUCUUUUGGCCAGGCUCAAAAAAAAGUUACGAACCUGGUGUCUUCAAUUUCAUCAUCAAAGUCACAGGAUAGUCUGAGACAGCCGCAGCUAACAAGUCUCCUAGGUAAUACAUUGCCAGGACAAGAUACUGGAGGUAAAAUUAUACAACAGCCUAUAGGAACAGCACUGCCACACCAGGAAAAAGUAGUAGGAUCGUCUUCUGCCCAACAGAAUGUGCUGGUGGAUGGUCAUACAAUAGGACAAAAGAGGCCUGCUGCUAAACAGCUAACGAAAGGAGCAUUUAUUCUGCAGCAGUUACAAAAGGACCAGGCCCAUGCUGUGACUCCUGAUAAAAGUCAGUUCAAAUCUUUAAAUGAUGCAGUCCAGAGACUUCUCUCCUAUCAUGUGUGCCAGGGAUCACUGCCAACAGAAGAUGAUUUAAGAAAAGUGGACAAUGAAUUUGAAUCUGUAGCCACACAACUUCUGAAAAGAACACAAGCUAUGUUAAAUAAAUACAGAUGUCUGCUCUUGGAAGAUGCAAUGAGGAUAAAUCCUUCUGCAGAAAUGGUUAUGAUUGACAGAAUGUUUAACCAGGAAGAGAGACAAUCUUUAUCCCGGGAUAAACGUCUUGCAAUAGUAGAUCCUGAUGGUUUUCUGGCAGACUUCUGUUGUUCCACACAAUUUGAUAUGGUCACUGAUGAAGCACAGCCUAGUGAAAGUGAUCCUCAGCCUAGCAAACCUUUGACUUCUCUGAACCAGACUGCUGAUACCCAAACCAGAGACAAGUCAAGUUCGAGCACAGCUGAAUCCUUAAAUCGCAACAAACUUCAUGUAGUGCCUAACAAUAUCAUGAGUCCGCAACAAGGAAGUAUUUCUGUUAAAAAAUCAGAAAGCCUCACAAAAGCUUUAAAAUUUGAGAAAAUAAGCUGCUCUCCUGAAAGCCAGCAUAUGUCUGCUUCUGAACAAAAAUUAGCUGGUAAAGACCCCGACAAAUCUCAUGAAAACUCUUUAAGUUCUGAACAUCAUUCGAGAUUAAAAACUUUAUCAGAUACAGAUCAUGGUACGCAUAAUAAAACAUGUCAGAUUCCAGGCGAUGCUCAUUCAGAAGCAACGUGUAACCAUUCCCUCCAAGACAAAGCUCCUCAGAGUUCUCCAAAGAAUGAUUUGCAUCCAGAUGACUUGAAAGGUUUGGGGGAACCCCCAAAGGAUUUGUUGCUCAAUAAGAGUUUAGAGACUACAUUUAAAAACAUAUUGGAACUGAAAAAGACUGGGAGACAGCCACAAAGUGAGGCAACUGGUAGUGGUUCACUAGAACUAGAAUUUCCAAACUUUUCACUUAUUGCUUCACAAGAAAACUGCCUGGAGAAAUUUAUUCCAGACCAUAGUGAAGGAGUUGUAGAAACUGAUUCACUUUUAGAAGCUGCUGUAAAUAGUAUCUUAGAGUGUUAAUAGUUGCAGUACCAUGGACAUAUUUCUCUUAGAAGCCAAUGUGAAUGACACCACAAGUACAGCCUGACAUAUGUCAAAGAUUACCCUUUCUAAAGUAGAUUCUGUUCUGUGUUUGAGAGCAAUACUCAUUGUGGUUACAGUGAGGUAUCCAGUCAUGUAAAUCCUUGAGAGAAAGCUGUCUGGUUGGGCCUACACAUUAUGAUUGUGUUUGUGCUAAUUGUUUUUAACAUUGCAGCUUAGUAAGACUGCAGUUCCCUAGGCCCUAAGUAACAAGGUAAUAUACUGACAAUCACAGUCUAGCAACAGGUUUAUUAAAUAAAAUGUUAAGAAAGUUAUAUUUAAUGGGAAGAACGAGCCCAUUCUCCCACCUCCUGAAAUAAUUUAAUUUUAAGGCUCACAGUUUGUAGCUAAAGAAUCUCUCAGUACCUCUGUUUAGAAGUGUCUACAGUUUGGUUAUGGAAAAGAGAAAUUUUUUCAAGGCUUUGUACUUUAAGUGCUUUUCUAUUGCUUGACAAGCAAGAGAGAGAGUUUAUUUCAUAGAAUGACAGUUUUUGUCCCUGAAGCAUGGCAUGAAACAAUACAUGCUAGACUAAAAACUAGCGGGUGGAAAUCUGUAGAGGAGUCUAAGAUACAGCCAUGAAAUUCUAUUUAAGUACACACACAUGUUAAUUCUUGGGAAAAAAGGUUUUGCAUUUUAUAAUUGGAUAUAGGCCACUCGAGUCUUUCAGAAGUGGUAUAAAUGUUUUUCUAGACCAAGUAUUACAAGCACUUUUAUUUGGAAAUUGUAUUAUUAUGGUAGUUUUUUAUACUUUAAGGAAAUAUUAGCCUUAAUCUGAACAAUUUGAAGGCCAGUGUUGUUUUUUUUGCUUGUUUCUGCUUCUUGCUGUUCAAGAAUGUUAGUCGUCUGUAGCAGCAGUCAUAAUUACCAAAAUAUGUACAAACCAAAGUUAAUCUGCUAUCCCAUUUUAAAAAAUGAUAUCUGAAGACAUGUAAUUCAUACUUUAGAGCCAAAGGAAACCCAUCUAUGGUGUACAUUUGGCUGGUGGUCAUGUUAAUAAUAUAAUCUUACUAUAUUAAUUUAUUAUUUUUAAUCAAUGGCAUGCUCCUUUUAUGCUGCCGUGCUGCUUUUUAAAAUAAACCUGCUUCUGUCAUCAAUGCUGCUAGGCACGCUGGUUUUGUGCCAUUAGUCGGAGGGAUGUGGCAUGUGCGCCUGCUCAGAAAGACAUAGCUGUGUGAUUUGUGAGGCAUGUUCUCUAUAGCUUUCCCUCAAAAAAGAAAGAACUAUUCAAAAUCAUCCUCAUUGAUUUCAUCAGAGAGCAGAGGCACAGUAGCUUUGAUCCUAUGUCUCCUGUGUGCAUACAGGAGUUAGAUUUGGAGCAUUUUUUGUUAUUGGCAAAACUAGGGAACUCCUUUUCAUGUGAAACUCUUUGUACCUUUCCAGUAUGGUAGGAGUAACAAACUGUGGUUGUCAGUCAGAUUGCCAGAGUGCCCAGAGCAAAGGGCUGAGUUUAGCUUUUCUAGCUCCAGUUGAGUUAUAGUAAUCUAAAAGAGUAAAAUAUGGCUCUUGCACAUUUGUCAGCACAUAAGCCCUGUGCACCUCCUUAUGUCAAACCAGCAACACAAAAGAAAUUCUAAAAAUUGUAACCUGAGAAAAAUAGUAAUAUAAUUUAAUAUUCAGUUCACUUUUAAUGUGAAUGGAAGUAUGGAAAUUUUUUUUAUAUAUAUAUAUAUUGCCACUUUUUUAAAAAGUGUGCCAAUCUUAAAAAUUACAGUGACUGUUAUUUGGAAGAAUUUGGAAGAUUUUUCCUAACGGCUUGAUAUUGCCACUUUGCUUCAUUUUUCCUUUCCCUCAAGAUUCAUAGAACUGUAACCAUAAUGAGAUGUCUAGGAAGUAGGGUGUAUCUUGCACCAAUUGCAUAUAUCAGUUACUUGGAGGAAAGAUAAAGUGGACAAACGUCAUAGAUCCUGCUACUUUUGGUUUUAUCUGGGAAUAGAAAGUUUCUAUCAUUUGUACAGAAUGUUCUGAAUCUAUAUACCAAAACAAAACCUAUUCAUUUUAAAUCUUAUAUGAAAGUUUACUUUUCAAGAAAAUUAUAGCUGAAGCAUCUGAACUGCACUUCCAUCUAUGUGGAUUAAAUUACACCUAUGUUUAUUCCAACAUUUUAUGCUGGGAACCCUCUGAACAAAGUUCAGCUAAAUUAACCUGAGAUAGCUAAUGUAAUUUAUUUAUUGAACUGAACUUCAUUUUAGAGCUCUGAAUAUUUUAAUUGAUAAUGCAGUAAAAUAUUUUUGUUUGUUGUUUUUUAAGAAGUGUGAAUUUGUUAUGCAGCCCAUGGUUCUAAAUCCAGUGAAGACCAUUUAUUUGUGCUUAAUUGCUUUGUAGAAUUGGUCAAUUGACUUCCUGGAUAUCUCUCCAUACUGUCUAAGGUUUAAACAAAUUUUAAGCUGGCAACUGCGAAAAAUACCUGAUUCACAAAGGUCAGCGUAAUUUAUCUGUUAGAUUUGGGAGGCCUUACAGACUGACUUUAAUGAAAGAGGAUGUGUCACUUAUUGUCAGUGUGGUAUGGACUUUAUUUGCUUAAAUACUUUCAUUUGUAUAGUAUGUCUCACUUGAAAUUGCUUUGUAUACAUUUUGUAAAAAUAUUUAUAAAAUGUUUUGUAAAAAAGUAUAACAAAUUGCAGUUUAUUUUGUUAUAUUAGAUAAAUAUUGUUAAAAGUUGGUAAAAUAUAUUGUUAAUCCGUGGAUAGGAAAUGUUUAGCUGAAGACUACAAAUUGAAGCAACCAUUGCAAUACAGCCA